GGAGUUGCCAAGUUAUUAUUAGGAAUAGAUAUGUUGUUAUCAUUUUCGUAAAAGAUUUGUGAAAGUGUUAAGUAUUUUGUACUAGGGUACGUAAAAUAAAUUUUGAAUUUGGCUACGUAAAAUCACAAUACAAAAAUGUUCAGUUGGUUGUCAAAGGAUAACAGUAAACAAGAAAUAUAUCAAAAUGUGGUGGAAGGUCUUAAGACAAUAUAUAAACAUAAACUGCUACCACUGGAAGAACAUUAUCAGUUUCACGACUUUCACUCCCCAAAAUUAGAGGAUUCGGAUUUCGAUGCAAAGCCUAUGAUCCUACUUGUAGGACAGUAUUCCACUGGAAAGACAACUUUUAUUAAAUACCUGUUGGAAAGAGAAUUUCCAGGCAUACGAAUUGGACCCGAACCUACAACAGAUAGAUUUAUAGCUGUCAUGCACGAUAAUAAGGAAGGUAUGAUUCCUGGCAAUGCUCUUGUGGUUGAUCCUAAGAGGCAGUUUAGACCUCUGUCCAAGUUUGGCAAUGCUUUUCUUAAUCGUCUUCAAUGUUCCUUAGUUGAUUCUCCAGUAUUGCAAAAUAUUUCAAUUAUAGAUACACCUGGUAUACUUUCUGGAGAAAAGCAGAGGGUUGAUAGAGGUUAUGACUUCACUGGUGUUUUGGAAUGGUUCGCAGAGAGAGUAGACAGAAUUAUAUUGCUUUUUGAUGCACAUAAACUUGAUAUUUCUGAUGAGUUUAGAAGAUCUAUUGAAGCUUUAAGGGGUCACGAUGACAAAAUUCGUAUUGUUUUGAACAAAGCAGAUAUGGUUGAUCAUCAGCAACUUAUGAGAGUGUAUGGAGCUCUUAUGUGGUCUUUAGGAAAGGUACUACAAACACCUGAAGUUGCCAGAGUUUACAUAGGCUCAUUUUGGGAUCAGCCUUUAAGAUAUGAUGUGAAUAGAAGACUUUUUGAAGAUGAGGAACAAGAUUUAUUUAAAGACUUGCAGUCUUUACCUAGGAAUGCAGCUCUUAGAAAACUUAAUGAUUUAAUUAAAAGGGCUCGGCUCGCAAAAGUACAUGCUUACAUAAUAGCUGAACUAAGAAAAGAAAUGCCAUCUGUGUUUGGUAAAGAUUCUAGGAAGAAAGAGCUCAUUAAGAAUUUGGGUCAAAUAUAUGAUAAACUACAAAGAGAACAUCAGAUUUCCCCAGGUGACUUCCCAGAAAUAAAGAAAAUGCAGGAAGUUUUAGCCAAUCUUGAUUUUAGUAAAUUUAAUCCACUUAAACCAAAAUUAUUAGAUAUUGUGGACAGAAUGUUGGCUGAAGACAUAUCAAUAUUAAUGGCCAAAAUUCCAUUAGAGGCUGAGGAAAAAUCUGCCAAAAAUGGUGAUAACAUGGUACAGGGUGGAGCCUUCACAAGUGUAGAAGAUACAAUUUCACCUUUUGGUUAUAAGAGAGGUGAAGGAAUAGAUGCUGGGGCAGGAGAGUUGGACUGGAUUGUAAGCAGAGAGAAAGAUAAAUAUGAUGACAUCUUCAAAUCGUUAAAGCCAAUAGAUGGAAAAGUGUCUGGAAUGACUGCCAAAUCAGAGAUGGUGAAAUCCAAACUACCGAACUCAGUACUGAGUAAAGUAUGGAAACUCGCAGACGUAGACAAAGACGGCAUGUUGGACGACGAAGAAUUUGCUUUAGCAAUGCACUUGAUCAAUAUAAAAAUCGACGGUAAUGAUAUACCUGCAGUAUUGCCCGCACAUUUGAUUCCACCUUCAAAGCGUUAAUAUUUAUAUUCUUUCGUUAUUUAUAGUCCACAAGUGCUAUUCAUUUCAAAGUUUUGUGCCUAUAUCAUAUAUGUACAAACAUUGAUUUUACUGCCUUUUUUAUUCUUCUUGCAAUUUUUUUAUAAAAUAUCGAAUAUUUCACAAAACAUUGUUUUUCAUGCUGGGAUGUAUCGUAUCUAAAUCUAGACCUAUUUGGUAAUAUAUUAUACACGUCACUGUGCUAGCGUAUUACAUAUUGUAAUCAAUAAUCGUUUCCUACUGAUAUGAGUGAUAUAAGCUGCCUAAAUAAUUCCAUUUUUUUAUCUUAUCUUUUACUUUUACUUACUAGUACUAGUACAACAUAACUGUUUAUAUAAUCUCUAAAAUCGUUUACAUUUCAUUCUAAUUUUGAUAUAAAUUUCAAUUUUCAUUUGAGACUAAAUAAUUUCAUUUGUAUCCUUCUAGCCCUCGUAUAGGUGUAAAAUUUUGGCUAGUGAAUAUUGUAUCCGCAUGCAGAUGUAGGAAAUCAACUCCCAGUAUCUAUUCUAUAACUUUGUUUGAGAUUAUAACAACCUGGAUGUCUAGAAUUACAGUCUUAAGAGUUUUGUUCUUAUUUAGUUAUGUGCUGAUACUUCCGCACAACUCUUAAAAUUUUUAUUUUUCUUCUCUCUUCAUUGCCCCAUUUAGAUAUAUUAUAAACAGGGUCGAGAGAUACAACAUACUUGUGGCAGGACUCUAUGGCUUUCUGAUAGUUCCUUUUUAAUUUUAUUUUUUAUAUCUUUCUAAAAUUUGGCACAUAAAUUUAGCAACUUGGAGAAUAACAGUGUUUUGUGUCUUACACGAACGGCAGUAUAUCUGUGGUUUAUGAUCAAAUAUAUUGAAAUCCAGUGACAAAAAAUUUUUGAAUAAGUUUCACAUACUUAAGUGAAUUAUAUAGCUUUAGUGUCCAUUUUUAUAUCAUAAAAGAUUUGAGAGGUGCAAUUGAUGUUUUAAUCCAAAUUUCAAAGUGUAAGUCGAUAUAUUUACACAUAGAACAAUUGUUAAAAUUUUAUGUGGAUGUACUGAAUGUUUUUCUAGUUUUAAUUUUAAGCCACACAUCAGCUGUUUUGGAUUGUAGAAAAUUCAAUUUUCUAGAACAUUGUGAGAGUGAUAAAUUUUGAAUAGUCCUCUAUCUUGAUAGUUUCUAAUUCCUUCUUACGUAUAUGUAUAUCCAUUCUUAUCAGCAAUGACAAAAUACUAUAAGAGGAUUAAUUAAAUUUAUUACUUGGUUUUUAAACAUCCAACAGUUUCUGUAUGCUGCUUGUGCAGUAGAUAGUUUAGUAUUUAUUGGAGAACUGUAUGAAUUUCUUUUAACACGUCAGGUUUACACGAAAUGUCAAAAUGUAAUAAUUAACCCCGUAACUAAAAUGCAUUCGUAAUUUCAUUUAAUUUAGGUUUCAGUCCUUCACAUAUUUUGAUCAACAGAUCACUUCAGUAUUUUUUAUUCCUAAGUUAAAUCAAGUACUAACUUUAUGUUUAACAACUAUAGAAGUUUGUUAAAUUUCAUCAAUUAGAAUAAGUUUAAAAAGUUAAAUCUAUGCUGUAUUUGCAACACAGGAGUACCGUAUCAUUUGAAACACAAAAUUGUCUGCCAAAUCUAUAGCUCCUUGUGAGAACUCUAAACAAUUAAUUUGGGAUUUUAUUUAAAAUUAUUCAAUCUAAAUUGCUUCUAUGAAUCACUGAAUAUGAAAUAUUAUUUCUUACUUUAAACACUUCAGGUCACAACGUAAAGGGUUUUCAAGAGGUGGAAAAUAACUAAAUAUCAAAUAUAAUCCCCAUGCUGGUCUUGUGGAUCAAUAUUUUAGGACACCAGUUCAAAAAGACGUAUCAAUAUAGAUUUUAACAUCAUGAACCCGCAUAUGUUCCAAAUGCCCAUGGGAAAAUAGAUGUCCAUACAUUUGAAAUAAUUCACUGGUGUAGAAGCGUCUAUACUAAUGACCAAAAUUCUGAAAACUUAACAAACAUUUUAGUUUUGCUAGCAGCAUACAUCUUUUCACACGACUUAUGUUAUUUACAAGAUUAUUUAGUUUUAUUGCAUCGGUAUAAUAUGCUUUUACUUAAUAUUUAACGUCUAUUUUAAAAGGAAAAACCCUUUAAAAGAUAAAAAAGCAAAUAAACAAAAUAGUAGUUCUUCGAGCCAAAUCUUCUGGUGUAAUAACUCUAAAUCAGUUUUGAAUAAAAGCUUGUAUCAGUUUCCUUUUGUUCCUAACACUUUCAGCCUUGACCUUAGAUCUUCCAUUGGAUUUAGGUCGGAACUAUUUCCAGGACAGUAAUGGCAUAGUUUCUCAACCAUUCCAUUGUAGUCUAAGCCGUAUGACAGGAGCUUCAACCUGCCGGAAGAUGCAGUGUUGAGUAUCCUAUUCAAACAAAUCUCUAAUAGUCGGCAGCAGUUUAGCUUGCAGUGUUUCUUCUUUAUAUUUUUUUCAUUAACAUUGCCCGUACCAUGACACUUAUAGGGUGAUUUAUAGUACACUGGGGCAAAAGGUCUUCUCUAGUCGGCGGCGAACAAAAUUCACUCCAUCACUCCCAAAGAUCGAGAUUCUGGUUUCAUCACUUCAAAUUACCUUAUUCUACUGUUCUGUCCACUCUCUGUCUGACAAAGCUCAAUCAAUGCGUUUUUUGUCCCAGUUUUUUUUUCAGGAACGGGUUCUUUCUAGGGAUUCUUGUUCGCAAUCCAUUUUCAAACAACUUUCUUCCGACAUUUGUAAGCCAGUUGAUUUAAUCAGCAUUAAUGCCUUUAAAGACAGGCCUCAUCUUCUGCGCUCAUCGUAUUGACUAACUUUCGGUUUUCUGUCUGUUCUUUUUGCUGAAGUCACUAAUAAACACUGGAAGUCGCACGAAACUGUACUAAACGCUUUCAAUUGGACAACUAAAUUACGCCACUCGCCGUUGACUGACUAGCGAAACUCUGACGCGAUACAAUAUUGCCAGUGUUGCCAUUCACAAAUCUCUAAUUUUUGGCGUAUCGCUUGAUUCAGUUUCCAUAGUUUGUUAAAUAAUUAUGUAAAUAUUUUUUUAAGUUUCUAGAAUUUUGGCCACUAGUGUAUUCAUUAAUCUGUAAAGACUUAAUAUUAAAAUUUUGGGUAGGUUUAAAGGCUUUUUAAAUUUUAUUCUACUUCAAGUCUGUAAUACGAUCCCAAUACAGUAUAAACGUACUUUUGAUGAAUAUAAAGCUAUAAUUAUGUUAUUUUUUGUAUUAUGAAAUACUGUUUGAACGGCUUUAAUAAAUAAUUACUAAAAAUUUGGCACUGUUGCAAAAAAUAUAAAUAUUUAUUAUAUUCCGUUUUCAUAUCAUAAAUUCCUUAGUGUAUUUGGCAGGUUCAGCGAAGAUUUAUUAACUUAAGUAUACAUUUUAUUUUAUUGUAUAAACCGUCACUCAAUAAGUCCCUGACCUAACUAAUAAAAUAACUUUUAGUCAAAAUUUGACAUUUUUUACCGAGUCACACUGUUUCCUCAACCGUUCGACGCAGUUUUAGUAAAAAAUAUGUCUUUGACCACAAAAUGCUCCUCAGUUUCCUCAAUAACCUCCCCUUGUCUUGGAGGUUACCAACAUCUUGUAGGGGACCAGAUUUGGAGAAUACACUGGGUGCGUGUUGUCGAACGAACUCUUUUGCUUCUUUAUUGGUUUUCUCUUAGUUUCUUUCUUCAAGAGGAAUGUUCUAUUAUAUAUAUAUAUAUAUAUAUAUAUAAUAUAUAAUAUAUAUAUAUUAUAUAUAUAUAUAUAUAUAUAUAUAUAUAUAUAUAUAUACAUAAUAUCUUAGCUAUAUACAAGUUAAUAAGUAUUUGGACGUCUAGAAUCUGCUACUAUCUAGUCCGACUUCGAAGUAAAAUGGUUGAUCCAUGUUUCAUCCAUUCUCUUACAAAGAUGAAAAAAGUCUGUAAACAGUUCAAAAUAACGUCGAUACGUUGUUGUUUUUGAUAGACUAUGAGCAAACAUAACAUCUACUUUGAAUAAAUAUUUACCAUUGCUAAAUGUUUCUGCAAAAUCGACAUUGUCUUCUGAUAACUUCAUCUCUUGUGUUCUCACACACACAUCUUCAAUUUACGAUCACCCAAAACGAUUUUGUGAUCUCUCGGAAUAUUUUCCGGGAUGAUCAACUGUCUAAUUUGGAAGAUCAGAGUAUUCGGAAAUCUUAACCGUUAUUUGAACAAUGUUUUAUCAACACAAGAAAUUCGAAUUUUUCCAUCGUUUUAAAAAUCGCAAUAGCAACGACACCUAGACUACUGUAACUUAUAGACUACUUCUCCGAUUGAGUUCAAAUUUUGGAAGGUACCGUUGGAAGGCUAAAACUUUUAAAAACAUGAAUUUGUUAUCGUGGCUCCAUCUAUAUGUUAGCCCAGAGACUUAUUGAUUGGUUUGGUACAUGUGUAGAAUGCAGUUAAAUUUAUUUGCAUGGGUGCGUUUAAUUCUCGCAACAAGUAAUGUUUUUCUCGCAUAUUGUGAUAUAUUUUGUUAAAACUAAUGUAUAAAUGUAACCAUGUAGGACUUUUACUAAAUUACUUAAAGAAUAUAUACAGGGUAUAGAUUUAGUCCGAAUAAAAUGGAGGGAUAUAUUUUUAAUAUAGCAACAGAAAUUCACAGACAAGUUGCCCAAGAGGGAGAAUAAAGAGGCUGGUGUUGAAAGACAUGAUCUUGCACUGAAGAACAAUAAAGGAACAUAAAAUAGAGUGUCUGAAAUAAGUAAUACAGAAAAAAUAAUCCAAUAAACAAACCGCAGUGCGUUAUCAGUGUUACCAUAUCAAAUAAGAAGCUUUGUAUAAUGUUUAUCGUCAACGAAACUAUAUGUCAAAAUCGUGAAGGACCCUCUACAAAACGUCCAGUACUUGAUGUAUCUGUGAUUAUGUUGGUAUUCAGUAAAAGGAAUUUGGUAUUAGAGGAGUUUAUAUCACUAAGUUGACAACUCGGAACUUUAACGUUUUCUACAUGGUUGUAUUAUUUAAUAUUUCUAUUCAGUUUGUUUAGGGAAAACUUUUAUUGCCACUACAUAAAUGUGGAACAUACUGCAAAAUGAACUGAUAGCAAAUUCUAAACAGAUUGUACACAUUUUUUUAUAUCGCCUAUAAAUAGAUAACUUGCUUAUUAUAAAAUGCAUCAAUGCGAUCAAUAAUACCGUUAGGUUUUUUACUACAUAACUAUUUUUUCAAAUUUAUGUGUAGGUCAUAACAAAUUUUGGUCCAUGAGUGUAUCUACUCUAACCUGUGAUGUUAUUUGGGAAAUGUACUUUUAAAGACUCUGAAAUAUGCUAAAAUUAAUAUCACGAGAUAUUUUCAGUAGUCUUAGGAGCAGGAACAUAUUAAAUAAUUCAACUAUGUUUAUUAAAAGCUAUUCCAAAGAAUAUUAAGGAACUUUCUUUUAGUUGAAGGUCAAUCUUGCUAUUUCUGCUCUACUUGCCCUAUUUAUUUUUGUAUCCAGUUAAAUUAAGAAUUUCAGUCACAAUAUUGGGCAUCUAAAGUUCUGCGUUUGGGCACACUUGCUCUCUAUGUGCCCUGUAGAAUCUUCUUAGGAUCUUCCUUUCCAAAUUGCAUAUAAUUAUUUUAUCACCAGCUGGUCGAUGUUGCCGAUAAGUGGUUGAUAAUGGGUGGUAUUCUAAACACAGUGUCGUGGUGGCCCCAAACCGAACACCGUUUGGUAAAUCUAUAGAAUCUGAGCAGGUUCGUCCUAGCUAGCACAUAUUUAAUUUUUGAUAGGCUCGCAAAACAAGUAAAAUUGGGUAAAGAACCCUUUCAUACACAAAACGAAAGCUCUAGUUUUAACAAAUAAAGUAAAUAUAUUAAUAAUAAUUUAAACAUUUUCCAAAUAUUGAUCACAGAUAUGAAGUUGAUAAUUUUUAUAUCGGUCCAAAUAUUUAAUAAAUAUAAACAAUGUGAUAAUUAAAAGUUUGUACUCUGUACAUUUGUAUUAUAAAUAUAACAGUAGAUAAGUAUGACUUUUUUCUUAUUUUUUUGGUAUAUUUGUUAACUGCCGAAUGAAUUAAAGUUUUUAAAUCAUUAGAAAGGUCAUAUAUUUUUGUAUAUUAUUCCAACUUGACACGACUGUUGCUAGUUAGCACUUGUAGGAGUUUGUUAACAAUAUUUCGUACCAUUUCAUUAUUUAGUAUGUACAUUAUUUAAUUUAAAGAAAUACAUUAUGUUAUAUU